GGCCGACGCCAGCGUCCGGCACUCGCAGGCCCGCCUCGCGAGGCGGCGCGCCGAGGAGGCCCGCUGAGAGGCGCGCGCCUCCGCGUGCGCGCGCCGCCACGCGCCGAGGACGAGAAGCGGCUCCUCGAGAGGCAGCUGCACGCUUCCCAGGCGAGAACCCGCAAGGACGAGCAGACCGCGCUGGAGCUGCUGCGCGCGCAGGAGUCGCUGCGCCUCCGGUGGCAGGCUGAGCUCGGUCUCGAGCGGGAGUCGCUGGAGGCCCAGGUGGAGCGGCUCACCCGCGAGAACAAGGUCAUCCGGGAUAAGAGCCGGGGGCUCCUGAAGGCGCUCGCGGCGCGCCGGGGCUCCGGGGACGAGCCGCAGGCGCUGCCGGGCGCCUCGCCGCACGCGAGAAUUCGGCCCGGCAUCCUCUGAGGAGGGGAGGGCGGCGGCCGUGCGGCCGGGCCCUGCCGAGCGCGCCAAUCUCGCGCGGGCGGAGGCGCUGCGCACGGCCCCGCCCUCGCGGGUGGGGGAGGGGGGAGUCAUCGGCCACGCGCA